AUGAGGGUUGUACAGGUUUGGUUCCAAAAUCGACGAGCGAAGGAAAAACGGUUAAAGAAGGAUGCAGGGCGAAGAUGGGGCCAAACCGGCAACAUUAAGGUUGACAGCGACAGCAACUCGCCAUCGGGUAGUACCAGUGGCCGAAGUCCAGCAUACGGUUCGUUUUUUACAUAUUUUUAUACAUACAAAUUCAGCACUAUAUCAUUGACUCAAUGCAAAUUGUGA